CACCUUGGCUAUUAAUAGAAACACAUUCUUAAAUAAUCCAUUUGAAUUUCUAGAAGUGCAUCCAAUUAAUACCGCAAUACGUUCAAAUGUGCUAAGAAAUAUCAAGAUGUCACGGUCGGUUCUUGUGGUCACUAUAUGCGCAGUGUCCGCAGUUAUAGCUAUCAACAGACCUGUGUAUAAAAUCGUCCUCACACAGAAAGGUUUUGCGCAGUUUGUGCAGUAUGAUGUGGAGACACCGCCGAUCAGAGAGUUCACAUUCUGCACGUGGCUGCGGCUCUAUGACUUGGACUCCGACCAGAGUAUUUUCACCUACAUCGUGAAUGGAAAUAAUCGCGUAGUGAGACUGUGGAUGGACGCAGGUGGUCGCCAUAUGAAGGUGUCUUUCAACGAGCGGGUCUCGUCCAGCGUCCCCGUGGAGAUGAGCAGAGACGUGUGGCGACAUGUUUGUUUGUCCUACCAAUCCGACUACGGAGCAUGGGCACUCUACAUGGACUCGCGUCUCGCGUCCUGUGAGGCAGCACAAACUUUGCAUGGCUUCGUAAUACCGGCCGGUGGUAGCGUUGUGGUAGGCUACGGCACUGCUGAUAAUGGUGUGCCGCGAGGACUGGAAGGAGAGAUAUUCGGAGCGAACAUGAUACUGUUCUCUACUAUAGAACGAAACUACACACUUAAAAACCAUCCACAGUAUGAACAAAAAGCAUUCCGAAAAAAUAAAAUUCGCGGCUCCAAAAAUAUGAAGUACGUCAUAUUGAAAGAUUUACAAGAAGCCGAUCCUAAAGUGUCAGAAGACUUGACAGGACACAAGCCUAAAAGUUGGAAAGGACAACCACCAAACACCAUUGAUGUAACAAAAACUACAAAGAAACCAUUUCCUAUUGACUCAUCCAAUGAAAGAGAAAUAUUAGACUUGGUGAUGGAUAAUGCAAAACCACUACCACCUGCAAAGGAAAAACCUCAGGUUAACUUUUGGAAUUUAGUGAAUGACGCAGGUCAAGCGGGAAAAUUCAAAGCUCCUGCUAAACUUCAAGCAGAACAGUUCGGUUCCAGCACACAUGAUCGUUUCAUGAUAUCUGAAUUCGAGACACCUCCAGCUCCAAAUUCUCUAAAGACGGAUUAUUUAGAAAAACAAUUGGGCAUAGAGAAGCCUCCAGUAACUGAAUCUAUUUACAAGAUAACUGAAGAUGUUACAUUCUCCCCUAAAGCUUUCAUACCACAAACGGUUGAUGACAUUUCCGACGUCGAAGUUCCUCCGCCCUUACAAAAAGAUAACAAAGUCUACGGUCAAUGGACUAGCUCCAAAUUUGCUGGCAGCGUUCUGAACUAUCUUAAAAGUAUAAAGUUUUACAAUAAAGACAAAAAAGUUCCUCCAACAAUACCAUUGCCCAAAGGAUCUGACAAUUUUCCUUAUGCAUCAGAUUUGAAAGCCAAUAUUGUUCGCGCACCAACGAAUUUACAGAGAAAAAGCCAAUUGUCUGGAAGAAUUCUACAAAACCAAAUACAAAUAGCUUCAUUAAAACGCUUGAACAUGAAGAAACGUAGUGUUACACAAAGUGUACCACAAAUUAACGUGAAGAUAUUAGAAGAUGGACUUAGAAGCGAAAUUUUAAAAUCACACGCGCAAACUCAACCUAUACAUGUUGAAAUUACAAACCGAGGAGAAUCUAACCAUCUAACAAAAGAUUCCAGAUUAUAUAGAAAUUUAGAUAGCCAUAGGUCUGACGAAUACGUUGACAGCCUAACUAAAUUUAACUCUAAUUAUAAGAACGAUAUGUUUGAUUUUCAUAAAAGCAACAGUUUAUUCAAUGUACUGCCUUUCUUGAAAUCGGUGGAAUACUUCACGGGAGAAAAUGAGGACUUAGAUACCAGCAAAGUAGUAAAAUCAAAUAAUAUGUACACGAAAAGUUUUUCGAAUGGUAAUAAAUGGCAUAAUAUCAAGUCUUAUAACAAUGACUAUACGCCACGACGUGCACCAGAUUCUGAUACUAAGAGUAGUGAUAUUGAGCAAAACAUAGCUGAAGCCAACAAGAAACAUCCCUCUAUUAGACUGAAAUAUAAACCCGAAACGAAUAAAAUUGUACGCGAGCGGCAAGAGGAAGCAAUAAUCAAAGGAAGAGAGCUUGCAAUAGAUGUAUCAAAUCAAUCGAAUUACAAUAGAGACGCAAUAUCUAUAAUAAAAUACAAUCACGGAUUUUUGCCUGGUCACGAGCAACUAAAAACAAAAGUAGGAAAUGUAAAUCCAAAAUUCCCUCAAAAGUUAGAUAGUAAAAAUAAUUUCAAUAAGCAAGUUAAGAUUGGGAAUGCCUUAAACGAACGACACGUAAUUGGGAGUAAUGAGGAGCAGAAGAAAAAGAGUUUUGUGGGAGGAGACGAUAGGAUCCCGGACAUCAACAGAUAUAGAUCUGACAUCGAUAACGACACAGAUAAAGUGCCAGCCUCACUGCGUCCCAGAGUGUGUAAAAAUGUUGAAUUGUACGACAAUAUACUGUACGUGCAGCCAGAUGGCAGUGUGGACAUGACACAUAUACUGUCGCCGCUCAAAGUUAGAAACAUCGGCAUAGAGUUUGUAAUGCAAAAUUACCAGAAAUGCUCACUCGAGGAAUCUGCUUUAGAGAAUAAUUAUUUACUAUUAAUAAAUUGGAAUAAGACUCCCGUAAGACUGUUUGGAGGAGCUGUACCGAAGAAAACAAAAGAUCUGUGUGGCUUUUUUAAGUGAUUGUUGCUUCAGGUUGACGAUUUAAGUUAUUUUGAAAAUGACAUUUUGUUCCGUGGGGAAACGGAAGCGUUUUCUAAUAAAAAUGACUUCAUGUUUUGUCUGUUUGACAGUUAUGUAAUUCUGGAAGCCUUUGAAUUUGUACAAGUCGAAGUUGCAAAGGAAAAUAAAUGUUGCUUCCUGUUGGUUAUG